AUACAAUUUUAUCUGAUUUCUAUUUUAUUUAUCAUCCCUAAUCCGGAAGUAACCUUUUCCUUUUCUUGGGCAAUAACUUCCAACAAGAUUGAUCCAUUCUGGAUCUUGGUCUAUCAUUGCCGUUUUUAUUGGUUUUCAUUAAAUAAAGGGCAAAACAGAGAGGACCACCAUAACCCUCUCUGUGGAGUCUGGAGUCUCUGGGCUCUCGAAGAAGCUCUCAAUUCAAAGGAGAAGGUCUGAAAGAGCAGAGAGGCCAGAAGGGGACAGAAGAAGAAGCCACAACGUGUCUGGCUUCUUCACUCCAACGCCUUCCACUUGGAAACCCUUCUCAGGGCAUCUUCUGUGUAUAUAUUUGUGUGAGUUAAUUAACCCAGAAUUCACACACAUUAGUAAUGGAUGAAGAGAUUUCAAAACCCAGAGGUUUACCAGAGGAGAAUGGCCGGGAAAAUGAUGCCGGAGUUCAGUUUGUUCUUGAAUCGAAAGGGAAGUGGUGGCACGCAGGGUAUCAUUUGACGACGGCGAUAGUAGGUCCGACGAUAUUGGCGUUGCCGUACACAUUUAGUGGGAUGGGAUGGGCGGUGGGAUUCCUCUGUUUAACGGUUAUAGGACUCGUCACCUUUUAUGCCUAUUAUCUAAUGUCAAAGGUCCUCGAUCACUGCGAGAAACAAGGUCGCCGUCAUUUUCGCUUCCGGGAACUCGCCGCCGACGUCUUCGGUUCCGGGUGGAUGUUUUAUUUUGUAAUCAUCGUCCAAACAGCUGUCAACACCGGAGUUGCCAUUGGUACUAUAUUGCUUUCCGGAGAAUGUAUUGAGAUUGUGUACUCAAGUAUUUACCCGGAUGGACCCUUGAAACUAUAUGGGUUCAUAGCAAUGGUGACAGUGGCUAUGAUGUUUCUCUCCCAAUUUCCAAGCUUUCACUCCUUGAGAUACAUUAACUUCAUCUCACUUCUUCUAUGCCUCGGCUACACUUCUCUGGUGGUUGGUGCAUGCAUUCAUGCAGGUCUCUCCAAAAAUGCCCCUCCCAAAGACUACUCUUUAGACCCUUCAAAAUCAAUAAGAACAUUCAAUGCUUUCACUUCCAUUUCCACUUUGGACCAAAUUAUUCAGUAGAGUACAGGACAAAUUUGCUCAUGAGAAUUAACUGUUCAUGGUUUCCACAAUUGAUCAAUCCUUCCGGUCUUGUCACUUUGCAAUGGAUCAACCUUUCCUCCAAAACCCUAUUCAUAAACUUCCAUCCACCACAGUUUAUAUAAACCUAAUGUGAUGAGGAGGAAGUGACCAUUAGAACACCAUGUUUGCCAAAUGUAUCUAGGAGAUGGGGAUUGUUUUGUAGUCUUUUCAUUCAUUGUAUUUAUGCUCAAAGGAUUCAGAAUCCUUUCUUUGAUAUUUCGCUUACUGUUAAGCUAGUCCAGUAAUAACUGCUAUUAUGUCUGUUUAGCUCUCUUCCUCUUCUUUGGCUUCUUGCCAUGGGACUAUAUCCUUUAUUUUUUAUUUUUUCUAUGAUGAAUCCCUAAAAUAUUUCUGUUUAUGUUUUCCCUGUUUUGAAGACACCAAUCUUGAUUUAUCCUUUUCCUCUGUUUCUAUUGUCUGUUGUUUUCACCUACACUGAGAAACAUUUCACUCCAGCCAAUUUUUGUAGGGCCUUCCAGGGUA